ACGGACACAGAGAACAGAAUUGAUGGAGAAGGAGUAACGCGGCGACGCUAAUGUGAGGCUGCAGGUAUGCACAGUAAAGGAACGCACGCUGGGCGCUGUAAGGCAGAGACACAGGAGUCAGGAGCCGAGACACUGGACGCCAUGUUUCCUCUGAGGCUGGUCAUCGUGGGCUUUCUCUACUGCUGCAUCAGAGUGGGUGUCACGCAAUCUCACACUAAAGCACUGUUCCCAGCCGCCAGCCGAACAAAAAGAGGGGCUGCAGACGUGGUGAACCCCACUUUCUGCAACUCCUCCGAGGAUGUCCAUCUAUUAUUUGAGAUCCUACUGACUGGCAUUCACUUCCAGGCCAGCGGGGAGUUUUCAGUGAGAGACGCUGAGCUGGCUUCCCUCCGCAAGACACAAAACCUGGAGGUCAUCUGUGAGGAGAUCAUCCCCAGGAGGCUGACGGACAUUUUUAGGCUCGUCUCCGGCCUUUCAGAUCACACUGGUCUCCUGCACCAGGAUGAUUUCGAGCGCACUUUGCUGACCUUGGUGUACAUCACCCAGCAGAUGGUCGAUUCCACCUCUGAACAGCAGCGAGACGUCUGGGCAGAGUCUUUCGUCAGCCUGUACAAAGCCAUCAAGCAGGAUCUGACGGGGACAAAGUGAACGGACACAGGUACUGCGACACAACGGCUCUGUGAUAUUGAUAUUUUAAUAUGCAUGUAGGAAAAAAAGAUCAGUGGGUUGUUCUGGUUUAUGUGAAGAGACAUAAACCUGGAUGCUGACGGCUAAAAGGAGCCUGAGAGGAAGUGUCACCAAAAUGAAGUAAAGUGCAUGGACUGAUAAUGAAAAGAUCAUUAAAAUGUGGACUGUCACAGCAAAUGUUGAUUCACACUUGAGGUACUAGAUAUAUAUAUAUAUACAUGAAACUAUACAUUGGUUUUACAUGUAUGUUGAAUUACGUCGUAAUGAGUUACAUUCACAUGUCUUUUCAGCGUUUGUUGACUAGCACCAGGGGGCGAUCACAAGACUGACUGAUGAGAGCAGAGGAAACUAAUUGUACAAUCAUCAUUAUUGUGCCAUUCUUAUGCAAGCUGUCAUCCGCAAAUGUCACCUCGAAAAGUCAUACUCGAAAAUACUUUGCACCACGUUGUUGCAGUACAGCGUCCUUGACAGAGGACACUAGGUCCAGAUUGAGCUGCCUCUGUUGGUAUUGUUUUUGGAAAAAAACCCCCCCAAAAAAUGGCAUGCUGGAGCGAGAUGGAAACUCAAAGGCCGACUCCAACAAUGAUCUGUGCAGGUUCCGGGUGUCCUUCCAGCAGCCGCUUGGGCUCCAGAGACCUGGUAACCACUCCAGAUUUCUCGCCGGGAGGGCAGAAGGGUACGUACCGGAGCCACGGCGAAGACGACAAGUAGGAGCUGAUGCCGAAGGGAAGGUUGUAGACUUCUCCGCUCUCCAGCGUGUUGCUGGAGUCGUCCUCGUGAGCCUUGUUCCAGGCGAGGAUGCCUCGUUCAUGAUUAGAUCCUGUUGGACAAGAGUUAAAGGUGUUUAAUCAUUCAAGUGCAGUUUACUCAAGGAAUCAGAUCACGUAGUGACUCGGUUUCAAGUACCCGAGAGGAAAUCUAGUUUUGAAUUUAACACUUGAAAAGUAUGUCAAAUGCUUGCACUUUACUUGAUUAUUUCCACUCUCUGCAAAAUAAAUACUUCUCCAGCACAA